AACUUAAUCCCUAAUUGCCAAACAAGCCAUAUCUGUCAAAAAGAUCGGGUGCGCUUUGCUGAUUGGACUUCUGAUGGCGGGAAAAGCCUCCCACGAUAUGUGAGCUCAGAUUUUGUGGUAUUCCGUUUUCUACUCCUCUUCCCCGUCAGUGCACGUCUUCAUGGAGAAAUAUUUGGUCCCAGUAGCUCCUGCUCAGCAAAACCCUAAAGCGCCUCGAAGGCAGCCAUGGCAGAAAGUUAUGUUUGAAUUGAAUGGAAGAACCAAUAGGAAAUACCUCCACCUUGCUUCGGCUCUAAUUGCGCAAUCCUAUUCUAUGGUGGCGGGAUUCCCUCACACAUAUCACAACAAUGAAGUGCCAUGUCCAACACAUAUGAGCUGGUUUCAAGGUGGUACCUAUAACCACAAUCUAAUUGGCAGUGAGGGCAUAUCUGCAUUAGAAUUUGAUCGAAAGGGGGUUUACCUGGCAUCAGUAACAAAAUCGGGUUGCUUAACGGUGCACGAUUUUGAAGAUCUAUUUUACGAAGGGAAAGUAUUUCCUUUAGGUUUUAAAGAAGAUGAAGGAAAACUGUUGCUCCACAUAUCUACACUUAAUCAACUUGAUGUAGUUAGAUGGAAUAUAUGCAAUCAAAAUGAGGUUGCCUGUACAUCUCUAAAGAGUUCUGAAGUACAUAUAUAUGACAUUGGGUACAUAUCUUCUGAACCAAUGGAUGUACUUAAAAAGAGGCCUACAAUCAGCAUCAAUGGUUACACGACCCGGAAAGGUUUAUCAGAUAUAGCUUUUUCUUCAAAUAACAAUUCAAGGCUGUUUGCUUCUGAUUUCUCUGGUAUGGUGAAUGUAUGGGAUAGAAGAAUGAGUCAUUUUCCAUGUCAUGAGCUCAGAACCAAUUGCAAUGAUGCCAUUACUAGCAUAAAACUUAAUGCCGAUAAUCAGGUUGUGUUUGGGGCCAGCAAGCAUGGGUCUAUAUACAUGUGGGACAUACGCGGUGGAAGAUCUGCUGCUGCUUUCCAGAACAACACUGAUUGUUGUUCUCCUCUGUUGUCUGUGAAGUUGGAAACAGAGUUUGGGAAAAUUAAAUCUUUGAAGGCUCAGUCUAAUGUUCGCAUGAAGGAAAUACACUCCAUUGACAUUAAUCCAUCUUGCCAAUAUCAAUUGGCAUUUCAUCUUGAUGAUGCUUGGUCUGGUGUUUUUGAUACCAACUGUAUGAAGGUAACACAUGUGCAUUGCCCCCCUCCAGCUUGGUUACGAGAUAACAUUGAUGGAUUGGGAAACCUUGGCCACCUACGAAAGCCUUCAUGGCUGCCUUCUUAUUCGAUCUAUGCAGUUGGAUCAGAUGAUGGACUUCACCUUUUGGAUUUCUACCCGGACUGUAGCUCCCCAUGCCAUGUAGAUUUUGAUGAGGAGAUAGAAGGCAUAAGCCAAGUACAAAAUCAACACAGACGAAAUGAAUUUAUCUCAUUAAGAGAAGGGGUUACGGCAUGCACAGUUCAUCCCAUAACCAGCACCAUAGUAGCUGGAACGAAGCUGUCGUCACUCCUAGUUAUAUCCCAAGCACCAGUCUCAUGUCAAGGUGAUGACGAUUGUCAACGCUGCAAUGUGAAUGUCCCAAAGGUCCUUGAGCAUGCUGCCAUUGAUGCAUCCUGAAAAUAUGAUUUAUUAAUGGUCUCCAGUCUAGUAGUUGUCCGAGAACAAUACAUCGACUCCUCUAGCCUCUAGGGAUAAAGAUUUUUAACAACACCACAAAGCAAAACACACCAUCUGUUACGAGGGUAAAAUGCAUAAGUAGUGUGAUAGAGUUGUAUUUUUAUUAUUUAUUAUUUCUACUUUAACUAGUUUUAUUUGUUGUUGUUUGGAAAAUUACACACUUUUGGUGUAAUUAGUUUAUUUUCCUAUAUAAAUGUAAUUUGUUUAGAUUAGGAUUAUUCUGAGCUUAAAACAGGUCAAGAUCAUCCAAAGGAUCAAGAUUGGACCCCAAAAGAUCAAGGAAAGUGCAAGGGGACAAGAUAAAAAGAAGAUUGAGAAAAUAUUUCAUAUACCCGGUCGGGUAUAGGCAAUACCCGAUCGGGUAUUGAGUUGAUUCGGGUGUCAAAAUCAGAAUCUGGAGAGACAAAAAAACGUGCAGGAUUUUGAAGAUUUGGCUCAUACCCGAUCGGGUAUGCCUUCAUACCCGAUAGGGUAUGUCUAGAAAAGUGAUUUUCCGGGAAACUGCCUAAAAUACCCGAUCGAGUACCCUAUAUACCCGGUCGGGUACACCACCCGCCUACCUCCAAACACCUAUAAAUACACCCCUUUUCCUUCACAAUGAAAGCAUCCCUUCUUCCAUACUCUUAAGCUCAGUUUAGAAUAGUAUUUCUUUUAUAUUUUUAUAGUAUGUUUAGUCUCCAAAUGAGGAGCUAAACUUCCAUUUCUUGGUGUUGCUCUUGAAGCUUGUUGAUUAUUAAAGUUGUGAGUUAUUUUCUUAACUUCUUCCCUUGAAUAUUAAUUAUUUUCUUAAUCUAUCUAUAUAUUAGUGUUGGGGAGUGUUGCUAAGAUGACAAUUAGUUAACAUCUCGACAUUAGUUAUAGUAGUAUUUAUUUUC